GAGUAGUCGCAUUUUUCGCCAUCUGUUAUGUAAAUACGUCAAAAUUUUGGUACCAAAAUAAGCACUAUGCGCCCAUAGAAUUAUAUAUAGUAGGGUAAAUACCCUUCGAUUAAAUAUUUUGCAAUCUGAUAGCUUCGAAAAUUAUUACAUAGAAAAAUAAUUAAAUUAAUUAAAUUAAAAUGUCUGAGCAGGAAAAAGACAAUAAUACUAAGAGAUUUAUUGAAAGUGAUGCUGGGGAUGGUACUAAAAGAGAAGACCAAUAUUUACAUGGUGCCCAUCUAUUUGCAUGCUUUGGUGCUAUUUUUCUUUGUAUGUUUAUCACUGCAUUAGAUCAAACUAUUGUGGCUACUGUAUUGACUACAGUAGGAAAUAAAUUUAAUGCAUUCGGAGAAAUUAGUUGGUUGGUAUCGGGGUUUAUGUUAACAUUGGGGGCAUUCAUGCAAAUGUUUGGUAAAAUAUCAAUAAUAUUUGGUAGAAAAUAUAGUAUGCUUGUAGCUAUUGUAAUUUUUGAAUUAGGAUCUUUAAUUUCAGGAGUUGCUCCAAACAUGAAUACUCUUAUCGGUGGUAGAGUAGUGGCUGGUGUUGGUGCUUCUGGUAUUCAAGGUCUUUCUUUUGUAAUUAUUAGUGAAGUUGUCCCAAUUGAAAGACGUCCUAUGGGGAUGGCUAUUUUAAGUUGUGUAUUUGCAUUUGCCAGUGUUUUGGGUCCAUUAGUUGGUGGUUCAUUUACUUCAAAAGUUAGUUGGAGGUGGUGUUUUUAUAUUAAUUUACCAAUUGGUGCUGUUGCAUUUGCCUUUUUGGUUUGGGCUUUCAAUCCACCUAGACCAAAAGUUAAUAUGAAAGAAGAAUUGAAAAGAUUUGAUUAUUUUGGAUCAUUUUUAUUAGUUGCUGGGUGGAUAAUUCUUUUAUUGGCCCUUACUUUUGGAGCUGACAAUUACAGUUGGAACUCUGCUGCUGUCAUAGUAACAUUUAUUCUAGGUGGUGGAAUUUUGGUUAUCUUUGUAAUUUGGAAUUGGUUCUUCUCAAAAAAUCAACUUUUUGCUAAUGAAAUCAUCAAGAUUCCCCAAAUUAUGGCUGCUGUGCUUGCUAUUACUGGAGUCUUUUCUUUUUCAAUGACCUCUAUGGUAUAUAUUUCCAUUUAUUAUCAAGUUAUUCUUGGAUAUACAGCUCUUCAUACUGGUAUUUGGUUGUUGCCCUUGAGUGUAUCAGUUGUUAUUUGUUCUGUUACUGCCGGUAUGUCAGUUCAAAAGUUUAGGUACAUAAAACCAUUUAAUAUUAUUUCGGGGUUAUUGGCACCUCUUGGUGCUGGAUUAUUAUUGCUUUAUAAUUUAGAUCGUCAUACAGGAAAGCAAAUUGGUAUAUCAAUUGUGAUUGGAGCUGCUACUGGAUUUCAGAUUCAACCUUCUAUUUUAGCAGCACAAGUAAAGGCUCCUAAAACUCCUGGAAGUACGAUUAUGGUUACAACAUUUGUCGCCUUUUGUAGAUCAAUUGGAAGUGCAGUUGGUACAGCUUUAGGGAAUGUAAUCUAUUCUGUAUCCUUAAAGAAUGCAUUUACAUCAUCAUUUUCUAAUCCUAAACCAGGAGAUGCUAGUAUAAUACAAGAGUUGGCGGGAAUGGAUAUUAAUAGACUUGUUUCUGAUAGUUCAUUCAUUGCUGCUUUAAGUCCAGAAGCACAAUUAUUUGUUAAACAACAGAUAAUGCAUGCCAUUAAAAAUGUGUUCUAUUUCUGUAUUGGACUUUCUGUAAUUGGUACAGUUUCAAGUUUUUUUGUCACUAAUCAAAAAUUACCAAAAGUUAGUGGACGUGUUGAAAAUAAGGAUGAAGAAGAAGGGAAAGAAAAGAAUGAUACUGUUGAAGGUCAUAGUGAAGAUGAUGAAAUAAUUGAUUUAGAAGAUAAGAAGAAAGUUGAGAGUAAGGAAAAUACUGUUAUUGGUUCUGAUAGUGUUGAACUGAAUCAAGAAUGAUUGGCAAGAGAUUUUAUAGACAUGUAUAUAUAUAAUUUUGUGAAUAAAAAAAAUUUU